AUUUUCUAUCCGAAGAGUGCGCUUAGUGCCGCUGCUGCGACGGCGUUUAAACUUCCACCUGGGUAACCGUCGCCCCGCCGCCCCCCGAAAUUCUUGUUGUUGUUUUCUUUUUGUUGUCGCGUUGAGAGCGCGAAACUCGAACGAACUCGAGCCGAACAAAAACGAAGCUCUCUGGGGGAUCCAAACCGAAGAUCCAGUGCCAAAUCCCACGUAACGCUGCUCUCCCCGAUAGUUACUACUAUCUUUUUUUUUCGUGUGCAUUCUUGAAACAGAAACUGAAGAGUAAUGGUGGCCAACGUGUGAGGGAACCCGAACCGAACCCAGACCCAAAAGCCAGACCAAACCAGGCAAACAUAUAACCAAACCGAUACUGCCAAGGAGUUGUAGUAUCCUCCGAAAUAAAAGAAUCCCUACAAAUCGUUAAUAGAUUAGCAAACAGACAAGAUGUUUGAUGUCUUUGGGUCCGUCAAGGGCCUGCUGAAGAUCGACCAGGUGUGCAUCGACAACAAUGUGUUUCGCAUGCACUAUAAGGCCACGGUGAUCAUACUGAUCGCCUUCUCCCUGCUGGUGACCUCUCGCCAAUAUAUCGGUGACCCCAUCGACUGUAUCGUAGAUGAUAUCCCGCUUGGCGUGAUGGAUACCUAUUGCUGGAUCUACUCGACUUUCACCGUGCCAGAGAGGCUAACGGGCAUUACGGGACGCGAUGUGGUGCAGCCCGGAGUGGGAUCUCAUGUGGAGGGCGAGGAUGAAGUGAAGUACCACAAGUACUACCAGUGGGUCUGCUUCGUCCUCUUCUUCCAGGCCAUCCUGUUCUACGUCCCACGCUAUCUGUGGAAAUCCUGGGAGGGCGGUCGUCUCAAGAUGCUGGUCAUGGAUCUCAACAGUCCCAUUGUGAACGAGGAGUGCAAAAACGAUCGCAAGAAGAUCCUGGUGGACUACUUCAUUGGCAACCUGAAUCGCCACAACUUCUACGCCUUCCGAUUCUUCGUGUGCGAGGCCCUGAAUUUCGUGAAUGUGAUUGGACAGAUCUACUUUGUGGACUUCUUCCUCGAUGGCGAGUUCAGCACCUACGGCAGCGAUGUCCUCAAGUUCACCGAAAUGGAGCCCGAUGAUCGUAUCGAUCCCAUGGCUCGGGUCUUUCCGAAAGUCACCAAGUGUACGUUCCACAAAUACGGUCCCUCCGGCAGUGUUCAGAAGUUCGACGGUCUGUGCGUGCUGCCCCUGAACAUUGUCAACGAGAAGAUCUACGUGUUCCUGUGGUUCUGGUUCAUCAUCCUGAGCAUCCUGUCCGGUAUAUCGCUGAUCUACAGAAUCGCCGUAGUGGCGGGUCCUAAACUUCGCCAUCUUCUGCUCCGCGCCCGUUCCCGUCUGGCCGAAAGCGAGGAGGUCGAGCUGGUGGCCAACAAGUGCAACAUUGGCGAUUGGUUCCUGCUGUAUCAGCUGGGCAAGAAUAUCGAUCCACUCAUCUACAAGGAAGUGAUAUCGGACUUGUCCCGUGAAAUGGGCGGCGAUGAGCAUAGCGCCCAUAAGCGGCCCUUCGACGCCUAAUCAGUGGGCGUGGCCGUGUGCCAGAGUGCCAUUUCACGCAGCCGAAAUUGGGUUAAGACGAUGAUAAGAUGAUGUCGGAAAAUGGGGAGAACAACAUUCGGAAAGCGGAACGCAGAGAGCGGAGGAUAUAGGAAGCCGACAAUGUAGAUGAGGCCUUUCGAGCUAAUGACGAGCUAAUGAACACAUAUCAACGAAUUCCAUGGUAAAAAAAAAGACAAGAUCGCAAGCAAUAACCGAUUUGUGUUUACUGUUUUGCAACAACAACAAGACACGUACAAUAACAAUAACAAUAAUAACAAAUACUAGCCCCAGCCAGAGAUGUAAGCUAUAGAUGGAUUGGCUCUACAUUUUUAAAGACAAUCAAAUUUUUCCAAUUUGCCAAAGUCAUGAAUUUCCCUUGACUUGACUUGACCAGCCAGCCAAUCCAUCGAUAAGCAUUCUGGAAACCAUUUGAAAGACAGGAGAAAAUACAUUUUUCAAGAACAUAUUAACUAUUUUUGUGUGCAGCAGCAGAAGCAGCAGCAGCAGCAAACGAAUUGAGAUAUGAUAGAUCUAUAUACAUCCAUAUAUAUUUUUAAUAAGCAAUUACACAUAUAUUUAUACAUAAAUAUACAGACGGACCGAAAAGAAACAAUAUAUAUAUAUUUAUGAAUGCCACAUGCGAGUAAUAUUUAUGCUAAGAGUUGUGAUCAUUGAUUAAGACAUCUAAACAAAAAAAACUAUGCGAAAAAUACAAAAAAAAACAAAACAAAAUGACAUAAAAAAAAACACAAUAAUUUACACUUAGUAAAGACAAAAACGCCAGCAUAA